AUGCAUUUACGAUCUUCCAGUGGAGAGACUUACGUCAUGGAUGAAACAAUUAAGCGUUUGGCGCCUAGCGUCACCAUUAGUGACUGUCCUUCUGAGGUCUUUUGCACAAGGUUUUCACCGGAUGGGAAAUUCCUAGCUGCUGGAUGUGGCGAUGGAGCAAUUCGCGUAUUUAAUGUGCACGAUGGCGAAUUAUCAUACACAUUAAUGCAGCCACAUAAUAGUUUUGGCUUUGGAUUGCCAUGCACUGCGAUUCGAUUUCGUCCAUUAACAUGUGCUACGAAGACUAAAAAUGUUUUGCUUGCUGCGAAUUCCGUCGGAUCAGUGGAACAUUGGCAUAUCACGUCGGGCAAGUGUUUAAACGCCAUUAGCAACGAUAAGAACCAGCUGUACGCUCUUGACUAUCGCUCAGAUGGAGCAAUGUUCGCUACGGGAGGAAAGGACCAUGCUAUACGAGUUUACGACGAAGCGACAAGAGUAGAGAUUGCGUGCAUGGAUUCUGGUCACGGAACUCUUACUGCAGGUCAUUCAAAUCGUGUGUUUUCAAUCAAAUUUGCUCCAGAAGACGAUAACACUAUCAUUUCUGGAGGAUGGGAUAACACGCUUCAGAUCUGGGAUCUACGCGUCGGUCAUUCUGUGCGGGGUAUUUAUGGCCCUCAUGUUGCAGGCGAUGCAGUAGACAUGAAUUUACGUGGAGAAAUUCUUACGGGGUCUUGGCGUCCUGAAAACCCGUUAGAGCUAUGGGAUUACGGAUCUGGCAAGCGCAUCGUGUCUGUGCCGUGGAACCAAAGCGUUCGUCGCUCAGAGCCCUGCUUUGUAUACACAGCGCAGUUCUCGAAAUCAAUAAGUGGCCAACAGCUCAUUGCUGCAGGAGGCAGUGGAUCCAACGAAGCCAAAGUUUUCAACCACGAUGUCAACAAUAAAUUAAUUGGUACAAUCGCGGGCCUAAGUCACGGAGUCUUUUCACUUGACUUUUCUGCUGUCGAAGACAAAAUGGUUGUAGCUGGAGCUGACGCAGCGAUACGCAUCAUUGACAUUUAUGAUCACGUAUUUAACGAAAAGGGUCGUGAGCGACCAACAACUCCUUCAAUCAGGAAUGCUGUUCUUCCGACUGAAAGUAUGACGCGUUUGGCAUCUCCAACAGACAUACUGAAAGCGCCAUCCUCACCACUUCACAGAAUGGCUGUAAAUGAUUAG